UACCUAAUUUAAGAAUGUCAGACUUUGAAAUGGAGGACAGCGGCUCCGGCUACGAUUCGGGUGACAACUCUGACGCAGAGUUGCAAGCGGCCUUUGAGCGUGGCGAUUUGAAGCCAGGUCUAAAUGUGGAGUUUAACGGCAAGCAGCGAGACACAGUUAAUGAUGUGACUAAACUCCUGGCGAAAACAGAAGCCAUUCGGCUGCAGCUACCAUGGCAGGAACGUCUGGACAUGGUCAACACAUUGGCUCCCUUGGCCCCCGAAUUGGCGGUUCAGCUGGAAAAGCACGAACAGAAGCGCGCUAAUCUGUUCAAGGGCAACCACAAGCUGCCUUAUAUUCGUCCCGAAGAAGAUCCCGUCCUGAACGAUUUCAAGCGCGAAAUGCUCUUUCAUAGACAAGCCCAAUCUGCUGUUCUGGAGGGCAUUCCACGUCUGCAUGAACUGGGCAUCAAGACCCGCCGUCCGGAUGACUACUUCGCCGAAAUGGCCAAGUCCGACGAGCACAUGCAGAAGGUGCGCGCCAAUCUGAUGGCCAAGCAGCAGGGACAGGCCAAAUCCGAACGCAUCAAGCAGAUCCGCGAGCAGCGCAAGAUGGGCAAGAUGCUGGCCAAGCAGACCAAGGUACAGCGCGAAGCCGAGAAGAAGGAAAUGCUGGACAAGCUGAAAAAGUUCCGCAAGGGAAAGCUGAAGAACCUGGACUUCUUGGAAGACGCCAAGGCCUUAGAGUCCAAACAGAAACAAUCGGCCGACAAUCGGAAGAAGCGCAACAAGAAGUUCGGCUUUGGUGGCAAGAAGAAGGGAAUGAAGCGGAACACCAAGUCCUCAUCGGCGGGAUUGGAUGGCGAGAAGGGAUCCUCGCGUCGGCAACGAGGAGUUAAGGCGGGAGCUUCGGUCAACAAGCGGCUGGGCAAGUCGCGGCGCAUCAAGGCCAAGGGCAGAAAGUGAUCCAAUCCGCCAGAGGAUUGUGGCUUUAUAAUUAGGUGACCAAACGUUAACUUUAGUUUUACAAUGCCCCGCGCCGUGUAUAGAUUUUUUAGAACGAUAAAUACAUGCAGUUUUAUGUGCAGAAUA